ACCCUUUCCUACUUUUAUCUUUCAAGUUAUUAUGUUACUAUAUCUUUCUCAAGAAACCUCUUUAUUGGUAUUUAGUCAUUCUUUUUUAUUCCUUCUGUUCUUUUAUGUUUUUGUUUUGGGGUUCUUUUUUAAAGAUAUUUUAUUCUAAAAAUAAACUCACAGGUAUCAAAUUGUGACUGUGUAUAAAUUUUCACUUUUUAAGAUGAGUAGGUGUGAUCGGCCAAAUGGCUAAAUGAAAUGAGGAGGACUGACUUGGACUUGAGAUGGUUAAAAUACUUCAACAACACUUUUUCAGACUGGUUGAUUUUUUAAAAAACAUAUUGAUUCUCCAGCUAAUUUAAAUGAAUUUUAAUUAUAAUUUCCAAACCUGAACUUUAUCUAACUGAUAUUUCAUAUUAUUUGCAGCCAACAAUGGUAAGACGUCCACCAACAAUUAUUUGCUACAUUUGUGGUCGUGAAUAUGGAACAAAAUCUAUAAGCAUCCAUGAACCACAAUGUCUGAAAAAAUGGCAUAAUGAAAACAACAUGUUGCCUAAGGAGCUAAGGAGACCAGAACCUAAGAAACCAGAAGUCAGGGCCAUUACAGCCAAAGGUUUCUAUGAUCUCGAUGCUUUAAAUGAAGCUGCUUGGACAAGUGCCCAGAGCCAGUUGGUUCCUUGUAAUAUUUGCGGGCGUACCUUCCUGCCAGACAGACUGAUUGUUCACCAACGAUCUUGUAAACCCAAAGCCGCCAAGUAAAGCUCUCUCUCGCUAUUGAAGUGUUAUAGGAAUUAAACCCCUUUUGAAAAAGAUUAGGAUACUGUGGGAAGGAGAACAAGGAGGUGAGAAGAGAGGAGACAGGGAAAACUGGCAUUGGCCAAGGGAUGGUUAAGCACUGGAAGUCCAGCCUGGUGCUUUGGUGGGUCCAGUGGAGGCCAGCCAUUACAUGGAGGGUCUGGUUUUCACAGGCAGCAGCAUGUACAUACUCUCUGGGGCCCAUUUCACAUUUUGGUCAGGCAGAAUUAUAAGUGAGCUGCUCCUAUCAGAGCUGGCAUUUUUGUCUAAAGGAUAUUUCAGAGCCAAUUGUUGCCAUUUUCCUUCCACUCUAUUUUCCCGAACAAGAUUUUAAGACUCACAGUUACAACUAUUAUCCCCUGAAAAGAGGCUUUGGGGGCUACCGCAGGCAACUCCUUAGUCCUGGAAAGAAGUAGAUUCCUUCC